CCCGCGAAGAUGGCUGCAGCGUCCGCAUCGGAUUCCGACCGCCGCGGGGCUGAGAGCAACGAGGCCAGUUCCAAAUGGCUGGACGCACACUACGACCCCAUGGCCAACAUCCACACCUUUUCUGCCUGUAUGGCGCUGGCCGAUUUGCAUGGUGAUGGGGAGCACAAGCUGGUGGUGGGGGACCUCGGCCCGGCGGGGCGGCAGCCGCGCCUCAAGGUGCUCAAAGGACCUACGGUGCUGAGCGAAAGCCCGCUGCCCGCGCUGCCCGCCGCCGCCGCCACCUUCCUCAUGGAGCAGCACGAGCCGCGGACCCCGGCGCUGGCGAUCGCCUCGGGCCCCUGCGUGUACGUGUAUAAAAACCUCAGGCCCUACUUCAAGUUCAGCCUGCCCCAGCUGCCUACAAACCCCCUGGAGCAAGAUCUUUGGAACCAGGCCAAGGAGGACCAGAUCGACCCCUUGACCCUGAAGGAGAUGCUGGAGAGCAUCCGGGAGAAGGCAGAGGUGCCUCUGUCAGUGCAGUCCCUCAGGUGCCUGGCCUUUGGCCCCGGAGUGGUUCUGUGGGAGCCUGGUUCUGUCCUGGGGCUCACAGCCUGUUUACAGACCCCCUGGCUGACCUCUGGCAUCCUUCUGCAGACAGUCAUCACCACCAUGACCACCUUGAAGAAGAACCUGGCUGAUGAGGACGCUGUGUCCUGCCUGGUGCUGGGCACUGAGAACAAGGAGCUCCUGGUGCUGGACCCUGAAGCCUUCACCGUUUUGACCAAGAUGAGCCUGCCCAGCGUCCCCGUCUUCCUGGAGGCGUCUGGCCAGUUUGAUGUGGAAUUCCGGCUGGCCGCUGCAUGCCGCAGCGGGAGCAUCUACAUCCUGAGAAGAGACUCCAAGCGCCCCAAAUACUGCAUCGAGCUGAGUGCCCAGCCUGUGGGGCUUGUGCGUGUACACAAGGUCCUGGUGGUAGGCACCACCCAAGACAACCUGCAGGGCUUCACCUACAAGGGUAAGCGGCUGUGGACCGUGCAGAUGCCUGCGGCCAUCCUGACCAUGAGCCUCCUAGAGCAGCACUCCCGGGGCCUGCAGGCUGUCCUGGUGGGGCUGGCCAACGGAGAGGUCCGCAUCUACCGCGACAAGGCCCUGCUCAACGUCAUCCGCACCCCGGAUGCGGUGACCAGCCUUUGCUUUGGCCGCUACGGCAGGGAAGACAACACCCUCGUCAUGGCUACGCGAGGCGGCAGCCUGAUCAUCAAGAUCCUGAAGCGAACCGCAGUGUUUGUGGAGGGGCGAGGGGAGGCGGGCCCCCAACUAGAGCCGGCCACGAAAUUCAGCGUGCCCCGGAAGACCCGGCUUUACGUGGAUCAGACUCUGCGAGAGCGGGAGGCUGGCUCCGCCAUGUACCGGAGCUUCCAGACAGACCUCUACCUGAUACGCCUGCGCGUCGCCCGCACCUACGUGCAGGCCCUGGAGUCCAGCCUGAACCCCGUGUCUGCCACGGCCCGGGAGCCCCUCAAGCUGCACGCUGUGGUCCAGGGCCUCGGCCCCACCUUUAAGCUCACGCUUCACCUACAGAACACUUCCACUGCCCGCCCCAUCCUGGGGCUGCUGGUCUGCUUCCUGUACAACGAGACGCUGUACGCGCUGCCCCGGGCCUUCUUCAAGGUCCCCCUGCUGGUGCCAGGGAUCAACUACCCUCUGGAGACCUGCGUGGAGAGUCUCAGUGACAAGGGCAUCUCAGACAUUAUCAAGGCACUGGUGCUCCGGGAAGGCCAGAGCGCACCCCUGCUGAGUGCCCACAUCAACAUGCCCGUGAGCGAGGGGCUGGCAGCUGCCUGAGCCCUGGGCUGGUGGCACAGCC